GAAAGAGGCGGUUUCAGAAGCGCAGAGAGAGAGAGAGAGAGUAGAAAAAUCUCCGCACGCAACGCCAAUCCUUCCUUCCCCUUCUUCUCGCGAGAGAGAGAGAGAGAGAGAGAGAGAGAGAGAGAGUAGUUCAGUUCCCAUUCUCGCCUGCUUUCCUCACUCGCGAUCGCGACUCCCCCCCUCCUCGUCGCCGGAAGAUGGAGCCUGAUCAGAGUGGUGCUGAGCAGACUUCUCCACGUGGGAAUGAUUGGGAAGUUGUCCAACUUACUGCAUCAACAUAUGCAUCUGCACCUGGACCAAGAAUGUCUGAGCCUUCUGAUGAGGCUGAAGUCAAGGGAUAUGACACAAAAGGGGAUGAUUCAGCUGCAGCACUGUUGAUGUCUGGUCAUUUCUCGGUUUCACCGAGUGAGGUUGAGAGUCUCCUUAGGGGCACUGACGGCAAAGAGCACCAGAAGGAGCUUUCUGGCCAAGAUGCAGUUUCUGCCGAAGGUGAUGACGAAAAAUUCCAGGACACCUGUGAGCAUAAACUGAAGGAUGACCUUCACUGGAUUCCAUCCUUUGACAAAGGGAAAAACCUUUCCCUGGUUGACAUGGAGUUUGAUAAAGCAUUCCAAGGGAUGGGUUUGGUUGGUGAGGAACCACUUGGGUUCUCAUCAUCUCGUUACAAUCCAAUUGAUGCUAACAAUGAGAAGAAAACUGAGGAGCCAACUGUGCAAAAUGUGAACCGUGUCAUUGAUUCAUCCAAGGUUGUUGCAUCUAGUGAACAAAACAAACCUGAUGAUUCUGAAUUUCCACACGAAGCUUCAUGGAAGAAGCAACUCUUAUCACUGUACAAGAAUGUGAGGAAAAGCAACAAAUUCUGGCCCAUCGUUGUUGCUACUGCUUUGGUGGGAGUCACAUGUUUUUGGAGGCGCUGGCAGAAGGGCAAGUUGCAGCAUCAGCCGGUCAAAUUGUAUCCCAGCAGCAAUGAGGCUUCUGUUGGCUUUUCAGAAAAUUAACCAAGCUGUAGGACCGUUGAAUCGCAUCAAGGACAUCCUUGUUGCCAACAAUCACCCAGCUCCAGCUAUCCAUGGACAUGCUCGAUUGAGCUGAUUAUGCUCACCAAGUCCCGCCAACAUGCUCAGUUUAUGAGACAUCUCCUGAAUAUGUACCCACUUGAGUCAUCAUCAUCAGUGAAGAAUGAAUGCACUGGGGCAUCAUCUACUCAAUACUGAAAAUCGUCUGGGUGUUUAUGCGUUGAAGUUAUGUAAUUGAUUCAAACCCCCCCUUGGAUUUGUAUUUAUGUGUUUAGUGUGAUUCAUCUUCUUCCUCUUUUGAGAGUACUGCUCCUGGUUUGUCAAUUGCAGUGCCCUUUCAGGUUGCUGCAGAAAACUUGUAUAUAUAUAUAUAUAUAUGAUCAUUUAGGUUGAUGAUGUUUUUGGUCUGUCUGUGUUGUGUGAUCCUGCUUAUAUUGUCAACACUUACGUUUGAUUUCCCAAGAACAGUUUAGCAGAAGCUGUAA